CACCCGCUGUGCCCAACGCGAUGGAGAGGGCUGGCCUCCCGCUCUGCCUCCUGGCACUGCUCUGGCUGUGCCUACAGCAGGGAAGGACAGGAGGCACCCCUGAAGCCCUGCUUUUCAUAUCCACUCUGGAUGGGAGUCUGCACGCUGUUAGCAAGAAGACAGGGGACAUCCAAUGGACCCUGAAGGAUGAUCCUAUCAUCCAGGGGCCUGUGUACGCCACAGAACCAGCCUUCCUCCCUGACCCUAGUGAUGGCAGCUUGUACAUCUUAGGAGAGGAGAGCAAACAGGGCCUCAUGAAACUCCCAUUCACCAUCCCAGAGCUGGUACAUGCCUCCCCCUGCCGCAGCUCAGAUGGUGUCUUCUACACAGGAAGGAAGCAGGAUACAUGGUUCAUGGUGGACCCCAAGUCAGGCAAGAAACAGACCAUGCUGUCCACGGAGGCGUGGGACAGGCUGUACCCCUCAGCCCCUCUUCUAUACAUUGGCCGCACACAGUACACGGUCACUAUGUAUGACCCCAGGUCCCAGGUCCUUCAAUGGAACACCACCUUCAGAGGCUACUCUGCACCCCUCCUAGACCACUUGCCUGGCUACCAGGCGGGCCAUUUUGCCUCCAGUGGGGAGGGCCUGGUGGUUACCGUGGACAAGGAGAAUGGAGCAGUUCUGUGGACACAAGACUAUGGCUCACCUGUAGCGGGUAUUUAUGCCUGGCACCAAGACAGUCUACACCGGCUACCCCACCUCACUAUGGCCCUGGACACGCUGCGCUUCCUCACCCUUCGCUCCAACCAUAUCCACCUGAGGCGCUGGGCCCAGCCCUCUGGAACAGCAAGCAGGGACUUCUCUACUUCCGAGACUCAGUUGCUGCUAACACUGUACGUGGGGAAGCAUGCAGCCAGUUUCUAUGCCUUCAGUGCUCUGGUCCACGCGGGUGUGGCACUGGUGCCCCGGGGAGUCAUCCUGGCCCCAGCAAAAGGACCCACCACGGAGGGGGUGACUCUGAGUGACUCAGGAGAGCGGGAGGUCACGCCUAGCACAGAUGUCAGAUACCCUCCUGGCAGUAUAACUGCUCUCCACAGCUCAUGGCUACUCAUUGGACACCAUGAGCUUCCCCCUGUUCUACACACCACCAUGCUGAGGGUCUUCCCCACCUCGGGCUCCAGGACUAUGGCUAAGAUCAGCCCCUCAGAGAGUGCCUCAUCCCGUACCCUCUUCCAAGAGUUUUUUAGCAUGAGCCGGGAGGUGGCAUGGGGUCCAGAGAGGCUGCCAGGGCCCCAGACUGAGGAGGGACCCCAAGAUCUGUACCCAGGGUCUGGGUCUCAAGACAUUCUGGUAGCUGGUCUCACCACCCUCCUGCUCGGUGGCUGGAUCAUCUUUCUUCUUCAUCAGUGCAUACAAGAGAAACGUCAUGGUCCACUGGGGAUUCCAAACCCCUGCCCUUCCCAGGACCCACUCCCUCUACCCCUGGGGGCAGCCUUGAACAACCAAGGGACCCCUUGGAGAUCUACUGCCAUCUCUCCAUCCUCCCCUGAUCCCACAGACCCCACUGGCAGGGUCCAUUCCAUCCAGAGUGCCCCAGAACCUGGAGACACCGAAGCCCCAGAUGAAGAGCUCACUGUGGUGGGAAAGAUUUCCUUCAACCCUAAAGAUGUACUGGGCCGUGGCACAGGUGGCACCUUUGUGUUCAGGGGCCAGUUCGAAGGGCGAGCAGUAGCUGUAAAGCGGCUGCUUCGGGAAUGUUUCAGCCUCGUGCAUCGGGAGGUGCAGCUGCUCCAGGAGUCGGACUCACACCCCAGCGUGUUGCGUUACUUCUGCACCGAGCGGGGACCCCAGUUCCAUUAUAUCGCUUUGGAGCUCUGCACGGCCACCCUGAAGGAGUAUGUUGAAAAUCCUGCCCUAGAUCGCUUAGGCCUUGAGCCAGUGGCCCUGUUAUACCAGCUGACAUCCGGCUUGGUCCACCUACACUCUCUGAACAUAGUGCACCGAGACUUGAAGCCCUGUAACAUCCUCAUCGCAGGACCUGACAGCCAGGGCCGGGGUCGAGCCGUCCUCUCUGACUUUGGCCUCUGCAAGAAGCUGCCCGCUGGACGACAAACCUUCAGUCUCUGCUCUGGCAUCCCAGGCACUGAGGGCUGGAUUGCCCCAGAGCUCCUACAGGAUGAACCCCCAGAAAGUCCUACCUGUGCCGUGGACAUCUUCUCAGCAGGCUUGGUGUUUUACUACGUUCUGUCAGAUGGAGGACACCCAUUUGGGGACAGCCUGCAUCGACAGGCCAACAUCCUUGCUGGGGCUGCUCACAUGGACCACUUUGAGGAGGAGACACAUGAAAAGGUAAUUGCCAAAGACCUGGUGGAGGCCAUGUUGAGCCCUCAACCCCAGCUUCGACCUUCAGCACAAUUCGUGCUGGCUCAUCCCUUCUUUUGGAGCAGAGCCAAGGAGCUUCAAUUCUUCCAGGAUGUCAGUGACCGAGUGGAGAAGGAGGCUGCGGAGGGGACUUUGAUGACAGCUCUGGAAGCAGGAGGCAAGAUCGUGGUCAGACAAAACUGGUACAGUCACAUCUCUGGACCACUGCAGUCAGACCUGAGAAAGUUCCGAUCAUAUAAAGGGACAUCUGUUCGUGAUCUUUUGCGGGCCAUGAGAAACAAGAGGCACCACUACCAGGAGCUGUCCACGGAGGUGAGGCAGGCACUUGGCCAGGUGCCUGAGGAGUUUGUCCAAUACUUCACUUCCCGCUUUCCCCAGCUCCUCCUGCACACACACAAGGCCAUGGGCAGCUGUGCAUCAGAGAGUCUUUUCCAGCCCUACUAUAGGACAGAGGGCAUGGGGGAUGAAAAAGAAAAUGCCCCAGACUGCAGAGGAAGCAGCCGAGUGAGGCCCUGAUGAGAUCAGCCUUGUGAAGAACAUCUGCCAAGGAAGGGGAUGGGAUGAAAGGAGCACACCAGCAUGUGGCCCAACAGCUACCACACCAAGGCACUAAAUCCCUCUAGUUCUGGGGGUUUCUCCCAGAUUCAAAAUGCAAGGGCUUCCCUCAGGUUGGCCUGGGGGAUUCCUCAUUUGUCUCUUCCUAGCUGAGUUGUAUCUUCCUCUCAGCUGCAGCACACUGCCAGAUAGCCCCUUCAUAACUAUAAGUGAAUUCUCAUUUGAACUUUACAAGACCAUUGUGAGGUAAGGACUACAUACCAGAACGAGCACCCCUAUUUUGUAAAUUAGAAGCUAAGGCUCAAAAAGGUACAGUUUAUGUGACAGGACUUAAAGAAUUUGGAUCUUCCCUACUCUCUUAUAUGCCAUCUUGCCUCUCAAGUCUCCGCUCCCAUAGUCAGGGAGGAAGAGGUAUUGAGAGUUGGUCUGUCAUGGAUAUCCUUAGUCCAGAUUCCGUACUCUCCACUUCUGGUCUGGUACAAUCAUCAGAGACUGGGGUCCAGCUACAAAUAAAACCCUCCCCCACAGCCUGGCCCAUGAUGUGGAGUGACUACAGGGGAAGAAGCAGGACAUGGACAGGACUGAAUGAGGGCAUACACACAUGGAUGAACCCACUGGACUCAGUCACAUGAUGCUGUCCACAGUGAGAGCUCCCUAGGCUCACCUUCCCCCCCACCCACACAAACACACAUCCUCAGGGACAGCCCUAAUACCCCAA